CAUGAAACUUUACAUUGUCAAAGGAAUGGUACUUGGGACCAUCUGCCAUACAAAUGUUUGCAAACUUGUGGAGCUGUUGAAAACGCUAAUCAGUCUCAUCUUAAUUGGCUUUAUACUUCACACAAUGGCCUUAGAAAACCUUUCGAAGUACCAUGGCAUAUUAACAUAUAUUCAACAGUAAAUAGUGAAAAAUAUCAACAUAUUUGUGGUGGAACACUAAUUCAAUCUAAUAUUGUUAUAAGUGCCGCUCAUUGCUUCUGGAAUGAUGAAAAAUCACUUCUUUACGACAAAUCAAAAUUUAUUAUAACUGCUGGAAAAGUACAUCGUGACUAUUAUUCCGAUAAAGAAACAUUUGAUAUUCAAAGGGCGUCUAUUUUCAAAAUUAAUAUACCACCUAACUUUCGUGGUUCACAAAAUAAUUUUGAAGGUGAUAUUGCAAUUUUAACACUUAAUAAUCAUUUAAAAUUGAGAUCACAUAUAUUACCAAUUUGUGUACCAUGGACAACUCAUAAUGGUAUAUUCGAUGGCGAUAACCAAGGUUUAGUCGUUGGUUUAGGUGACAUUGAUUCAGAUACAAAUUUUCCACUACUCCGAACUGUUUCAAUGCAACAACGUCAACUUGCAAGAUGUAAGAAAGAUAAACUUUUAGGAAACAAUGUUAUUCCAGAUGAUAAAUUUUGUGUAUAUCCUGACUUCAGAAAUGAAAAUAUUUGCAAAGGAGAUGGUGGCGGAGGAUUUGUAGUUUACGAUCGAGGAUAUCCUUGGUUUAUAGGAGUUUUCAGCAAUAUCAUUUUGCCGAACACAUCUUAUAGUUCAGAAUGUGACGACAAAUUAAUUCGCACAUUUACGAGUAUGUACCCAUAUGAACUCUUUAUGGAAAAUAUUACUUUAUCGGCAAAUAACGACAAUGAAUCGUCAGAAAUCGUCAAUGAUGAAGAAACAAUAGAUUCUGCAUUAUCUAAUUUGUCUCCUGGAUGCUUGGUUCCUACAAAUAAUUUAGUUCUGUUAGACAUCGACACUAAAAUUCAUUUAGAGCCUGGAACAGUUAUCUUGAACAAAGUAUAUGUUAACUACUCUUGUCCUGUAGAAUAUCUGUUAGAAGGCGAAAUAAGUAACUCCUGCACUGGGAUGAGAUGGAAAAAAUUGCAUCCAAAAUGCAUAAGAACUUGUUCCCCAAUAAAAGGCAAUUCUAUAAGAGUCGAGUACUAUUACAAGGACAAUAGAGUUGAAAAUCAAACGAUAUUUAAACCUGGCACCAUCGCAAGAAUAAAAUGUGCAACUAUGUACAGGAAGCCAACCAAGUAUCUUAUUCAUGAAGAUGUACACUGUCAAACUAAUGGAGAGUGGGACUAUGAACCAUUUCAAUGCGAGCAAAUUUGUGGUACUAUUGAUACGAAUUUACCAUUCAGUGUAAACAGUACUCUGACUUUGCCAAACAGAGUACCUUGGAAUGUUGCCAUUUAUUCUAAAAAUAAGCAACAAAAAUAUGAACAAAAAUGUGGAGGAACGAUAAUUCAAUCGAAAAUUGUUAUAACAGCAGCUCAUUGCUUCUGGGAUCCAUCUGAAGCAAUAAUAGAAGAUAAAUCGAAGUUCAUUAUUACGACAGGGAAAUUUUAUCGUGAUUUUUAUGCAAAUAAUGAAAUGCUUGAGGUUCAGAAAAUAAACAUCUCUAAAAUUAAUAUUCCGAUUACAUUUUAUGGCGCGAACUAUGACUGGGCAAAUGAUAUAGCAGUUGUAACAUUAAGCGAUCACAUUGAAUAUAAAAGUCAUAUAAGACCUGCAUGUUUAACAUGGAAAGAACAAAGUGAACAAUAUAUUCAAAGUAAUCUAGCAGGUGUUGUUGCUGGUUGGGGAAUAACAGAUAAUGGAACAUACAGUCCAGAAUUACGUUCUGUUGAAUUAUUAUCAAUUGAUAGUCACACUUGUAAAACAAAAAAGAUUACAAGAAAUGACAAUAUUGCUUCGGAUAAAUUUUGCGUUGAAACUGGUGACGGAAAAAAUGUUUGCCCUGGUGAUAGCGGUGGUGGUUUCGUUGUUCCUACUGAAGUUAAUAAUAAGAUUUUAUAUAAUCUUUGGGGUGUCGUUAGUAAUGGUAUUAUUGGAAGGGGCGAUCUUGUGCCACAAUGUAAUUCAAAUUUUAUAACAACUUUUACGAAUGUUCAAUACUAUAGACAAAUGAUCAGCGGCUUAAUUGCUCAGGCAUAGCAAUUAUAAGGUUUUUUUUUUCUAAUUACUUUGUAGUUAUUAAUACAAAUAUUUUCUUAUAUUUUUAGAAUUUUAACUUACCUGUAAAUAUGUUUAUUUAAAAAAUUAAAAGUAAAAAAAAUUAAGAUAGCUGAGUUAGUAAAAGCGUCAAUAUGCAAUCAAAUUUUAUUUUAUUAUGAAAGAAUUCCGAUUAAAAGAAAAUAGCAGCAGAUGAAAUCGACAAUCAUACUUAGAUUUUUUUUGGAUAAUCUUGUCAUAAAAUUAAACUGUCAUAA